CGCGCGGGGCGGCUGCGGGUUGCCGGGGGGACGCGGCGCGGCGGCGGCGGCACCGUGAUGAGCGGCAAGGAAGGAUCAGGUGGGUUCAGAAAACGAAAGCAUGAUAAUUUUCCACAUGGUCAAAGAAGAGAAGAAAAAGAGAAUGUUAAUCCACCUUCAGCUUUGAUGAAGUCUUUUAAAUCAUUCCAGCUGGAGCUUGACACCAGGCACGAUAAAUACGAGCGGCUCGUGAAGCUCAGUCGGGAUAUAACGAUCGAAAGCAAAAGAACGAUAUUUCUGCUCCACAGGUUCACCAGUGCUCCCAGUGGGGAAGAAAUACUAAGUGAAUCUGAAGUCAAGCUAGAUGCUGUCCGACAGAAGAUCAAGCAGGUUGCACAAGAACUGAUUGGAGAAGACAUGUAUCAGUUCCACAGAGCUAUAUCUCCAGGGCUUCAAGAAUAUGUUGAGGCAGUUUCAUUUCAGUAUUUUAUCAAAACACGAUCUUUGAUCAGCGUUGAAGAGAUCAACAAACAACUAAUAUUUACAACAGAAGACAGAGAAGAAACAACAAACAUGACCUCCAAUUCCCAGGAUAAACAGCCCCAUAGGUGGAGCCUGAAGGUAACCCCUGUGGAUUACCUGCUGGGAGUGGCGGAUCUGACGGGAGAGCUGAUGCGGCUGUGCAUCAGCAGCGUUGGCAACGGGGACAUCGACACGCCCUUUGAACUGAGCCAGUUCUUGCGCCAGAUUUACGAUGGCUUCACCUUCAUUGGCAACACCGGACCUUACGAAGUCUCCAAGAAGCUCUACACCUUGAAACAGAGUCUGGCAAAAGUAGAGAAUGCCUGCUACACGUUAAAAGUACGGGGAUCCGAAAUCCCAAAGCACAUGUUGGCUGAUGUCUUCUCCACCAAAACGGAAUUGAUUGACCAAGAGGAGGGGCUUCCUUAAGAUCAGGAAGCUCUUGCUACUCAGAAGAGAAGAGGACAUAGAGAAAGCUCUCUAGUUAUGGUUUGGAGGGUUAUGACCUUCUCAAAGCUUUUUAGGUAGAGACAUUUUUAGUUUUAUCAAUGAGAAGGCUGUUUGCAGUGGUAAUUUGUAACCAAAAAUACUUUUUAUGAUGUGCAAGAGAAGAAAUGUUCGACUUUGGCCUCUUGGUAUGGAAUUUCCUGUAUUGCUCCAUUGUAUCUUCUUUCAGAAUGACCACAAUUUCCACUGCACUCUACUCCAGUGACUGUCAUUUGUGUGACUUACCUCAAACUAAGUUUUCAUCAAGCACAGCAAUGGAAAAAAUGGUUAGGUACUCUUAUUUAGCAUUAUCCAUACAUUUCUUCUGAAUAAUUUUUUGAGUAUUUGGGUUCUUUACUCAUGUCACACCUACAACAAUGCACCUGUGCAUAAGUGCAGCCAUUGACUUGAGACUGGGGUGGUCUCAACAGUGCCAUGUAAUUCAAGUUUUCUCUGAUUAGUGCUUUAAACUAUGAAACUAAGUCAACUUUUUGCCAAUUGAUAAUGAAGCUGAUUGCACCAGGUAAAUACUACUGUCACCUGUUAUUUUGGGUCUCUGUUAAUUGGCUCCGUUUGAGCUCAAACUGGUACUUCACAGUUUUGAGAUGAGCUAGGAAAUCCACAGAAAAUAAUUGUGGAAAGUAUUGUUCUACAUUUUUUGUAAUACAGUUUAAUGCAGAAUCUGACACAUUUUUUGUGGACAAAAGAAGUUGUCAUACAAAGUAUGUAAUUUGGUGUUAGGACAAGCAGUUUUUGGUCAGAACAAAUGUGUUGCAGUGCUGGAAGUCUGUUCUCCAUUGUUUGUGCUGCCCUGAGGACCUCCAGUGGGAUUGAACUGGUAUAAGUGGAAAAGGGCUAGCCAAGCUUUAAAUAUAUGUUAGCAGGAACUAUAUCAUGUGCAUGUUCCUGUGGAAAGGAAAUUGCAAACAGAAGUAAGGCAGGCAUUCUGGUUUCCACAUUUAUCUUUGAGGGGGGUAUGUCACUGUUGGCAAAAAAUCAGGGCUUUAUGCUGGUGUCUGAAGUUAUGAAAGUCUGAUAAUGUACAUAAUGCUAAAGGAAAACAGAUAAAACAACAUGAUCUCUAGACUCCAGGAAAUAGGCCUCCCAACUGCAAUUGAAAAUACUGCAUGUUUUUUAUUUCCACUUCCAUAUGCUGUGAUACUGCCAAUACUUUUCCCAUGAGCAUGUCCUGAGUAGCUGGAAUCAUUGGAUAUAUGGAUAGGAAUGGUAAAUACAUUUCUGUCAAAUUUUUUCAUUGUUUCUACCAUAAAGUAGUAUGGGGUGGAUUGAACAA